UGCUUGAACAAAUGUGAGAGUGCCUCCUUAAAACAUUUUGUGACUUGGGCUCCACCCCAACCUGAUUGCUAGUACUCACUCAGCUUUGACUUCUUCACUCUCUUCUACUCUGGGUGGCAGGCCAGUAAUCUGCUAUGUUGCUGUGGUCUCUAGUCAGCACCCAUGUCUGGGGCCCUGGCUCUGUCCUCCUCAUUCUGGUCUUCCUGCUUAGACUAAGUGUGAGGCUCUGGUAUAAGUGUCAUCUUUGGGACCUCCAGCAUUGCUGCACAGACCUGACGGGGAAGACAGCGGUGGUGACUGGGGCCACCAGUGGCAUAGGGAAGGCUGUGUCCCAGGAGCUGGCCCGCCGUGGGGCCCGUGUGAUCCUUGCCUGCCGGAGCCGUGAGCGCGGACAGUGGGCCCUGGCUGAGAUCCAAGCAGCCUCAAAGGAUGCCUGCCUUCUGCUUGGGGAGGUGGACCUGAGCUCCAUGGCCUCCGUCCGGAGCUUUGCCCAGUGGCUCCUGCAGGAAUGUCCUGAAAUACAUCUAUUGGUUAACAAUGCUGCAGUCUGUGGACUCCCCAAGAAACUAACACCAGAGGGCCUUGAUCUCACCUUUGCUACCAAUUAUGUUGGGCCCUUUCUGCUCACAAACCUACUGCAAGGGGCGCUACAACAGGCAGGGUCAGCUCGGGUGGUAAAUGUGUCUUCCUUUAUGCACACAUCUGGAUACAUUGAUGAGGGACAUCUGACAGGGGCUGGCAGACCUUUGACCUUCAACCAGAACUAUUACUGCAGCAAACUGCUUUUGACCUCAUUCACUGGGGAACUUGCCAGGAGACUUCAAGGGACAGGUGUGACUGUGAACUCUGUGCACCCAGGUGUUGUAUACACCAAGAUCAUGAACCAGUUUCCUUGGUCAUACCGUUUCCUCUUCUGGCUCUCCAGCUUCUUCAUUAAGGAUCCUCAACAAGGUGCAAACCCAAUCCUCUAUGUGAGUUUGGCAAAGGAACUGGAUGGCAUUUCUGGAAAAUAUUUUAGCAGCUCCUGUGUGAUAACUCUUCCCCAUAAAGCUGCUCAGGAUCCUCACGUGGCCCAAAGCCUCUGGAAUGCCUCCGUCAAACUAACACACCUAGACAAGGCAGACUGAUCCUCAGUGACCCAGGUUGGCACUCAAUCCACUGAGCCACACCAGCUGGGGUAUGGAGCCAUUUUAAAAAAGAGCCAGAGCUGCAAUCCUAGAGGAACUGUUUGCCCAUCUCAUGCCUCAGAACUUUGGAAUAUUAAACAGGGCAAAAUAACCUUUGACCUGUGCUUAAAGCAACAUUGUGUACCAAAGAACUGUUGACAAAGAAAGCAGAUAUUGUGACUACUGGACUGAUGUUUAUUUACCACAUUGAAAAUUAAAAACACUGUUUAGAAUUAAUAUCACUAUGUUAGCUUGUCUGAAGCAAUAGAAAUGCCUUCCUUUUAUUGAUUUAAUUGUUCCCCUUCCCUUUCUCAUAAAUACUCCUUGCCUUAUCUCUUGAUUGGAACACUAUCUGGGCUUCUGCCUGAAUCACUGCUUCCCAAAUAAAUGCUUGUUGCCUCUCA